AUGGACCUAAAGGAUGUGAUUCGGCCUCAAUUCGAUAGAGAUAGUCUGGAAUUGUGUAAAUUUGACUGGCUUCACAAGAAGGCCUAUCUUGGUGAGGAGCACGAGGAUAGCCUUUCUGCUGCGUUCACCAUUGCCGAGGUUUUGUCGAAAGGAAAGCGCCAUAAACAAGCACUGGGAUGGUACCGUUUUGUGUUUCUGACAGAAAGUGUGAAGCUUGGAAUGGACCAUCUAAAGACUUUGGAAGUGAGGGAUCACAUUGCGGAUGUGUUGAGAGCUCUAGGUCGGGGUGAUGACGCUAAUCGUUGGGAAGUUCCUGGAGUGAAGGGUUGCGUGGAGGUGAAAUGA